AUGCCAUGCCAGUGCAGAGAGAGUUGCAGAAAAACCGAAGUGGAGCCUAAGAACAAGACGGGCGUUUUCUCUCGAAUCGAAGACCGGAAGCCGGCCGGUCAAGGCUUGGCUUGCGUCAUGGCCGAAAGCUCCAAGGAAGAGCUUACACCGCAGCAGGUGCAGGCAACGUACCAGCAGAUAGAGAAGGAAUGCUCUGUCAUGAUCAACAAGAUCGCGGAGCUCGAGCAAGAGCUCAACGAGCACGCUUUGGUGAUCAAGGCUUUUGACAAAGUAGACUCCACCAGAAGAUGCUUUCGUAUGGUCGGUGGUGUUCUGGUAGAGCGCACGGUCGCAGAGGUCAGACCAGCCGUCGAGUCCAACUUGGAGAAGAUACAGCAGGCCGUGAACCAGCUCCAGGAACAGCUGAAGAAGAAAACUGAGCAAAGGACCCAAUUCAUUCAGAAGUACAACCUGAAUCAGCAGAAACAGGCCUCUCCUGCUCCGGCACCCGAAGCUGAUGCAGCCAGCAAGGGUGGGGGGAGUGUUCUCGUUUGA